UCAGCAUAAUGGCGAUAUAUUUGGUAUUUGCAGCAUUUCUCCAAUUCGCCACUGCAGAACAUUUACUAGAGUUUGCUUCUUUGCGGGUAUGCGAUGGCAGUGACGUGUUUCCGGACCCUACAGACUGUGGUUACUUCUUUGACUGUACCAAUAAUUACGCCGUGCGACAACGCUGUGCACCAGGGACCUUCUUCAAUGACAUCACGAAGAGAUGCGAUUUCCCGGAAAAUGUUCCGCGGUGUGAGAAACAACUGUACGGAGAUUCCAGAAACAAUUACAACCUGGAUGGGGUGGUCGAUCCUAAUGAAAUCAUAGUUGUGAACCCUGGUAACCAAGACAGUGCGACAAUCAGUGAUACGCCAACCAAAACAAGUCAGGCGUCGCAGACAGAAUUUCAGAAUGAGAAAACGGAUACAGUUAUUAGAAAUAAUAAAGGAAAUGGGAACCACGAUCCUUUCUGUUUUGGAAGAAAAGUUGGAAACUACCCAGAUCCAGACUUUUGUAAUUUCUUCUAUCAGUGCAGCUUGAGUGUAAGCCGAAGACAAAGAUGUGCUCCAGGUACUGUUUUCAACCCAAAGAAAGACAUGUGCGAUUUUCCGUCGGAGGUCAAACAUUGUGAAAAUUAUUUUAGAAUCAGUAAAGGUAUACCUAGUACACAAAUAGAUGCAAAGACAAAUAUCGCUAGAGCAGAAGAUAAAAACUUUCGAAGUUAUAUUAACAGGAAGUCCAACUUCCGUCUAUCUCCACCAGCUACCGCGAAUUCUGUAAACCAAGUCGGAACUUCCACAACAGAUGUAAUGAAACAGGACGCUCCAAGGAAAGAGUUCAGUUUAACAGGAGCAGCUAAUGGGGAAUCUUCAGCGAAAAUUGUGGACACAGAGAAAAUCAAGUUACCCGUUACAGAUGCUGAAACUGAUGUCAAUAAAAAUGCCGAGAAGUCAAUAAAGAAAACCGACUCAAUUUUCAAACAAAUGACUGUAGAUACUAGUAUUUUGAGAAUAGGGCGAAGAAAUUUGAACAUGCGGUUUUCCCUUCGAGAUAUUAUUCAAAGUAACGGAAGAAAUCAGGAUGAUACCAAGGAAACAAUAACAACAACUACUCAACCGACAUCAACGAGACAAAUUCGAUCAACUACAAACGUCUUACCAGCCGGUCCCACUGAAAUUUCAAACGAUUCGGUUUUGGCAAACAAUUCUGUGCUAUUUUCAGAGGGAAACCAAUCCAAAGUUCAAAAGACAGGUACAAAUGACGAGGUGGCGAAGUCCUCUCCACGGACAUUUAUCAUGGCAAAACGCAAUAACCCAAAUUCUUCAAACAAUUUUGAUUUCUCUGAAUACAUGCACGUGUCACCUACGAAAUCUGAAAGACUAGGUGUAACUGUGUAUCCCGUGUCCGCUUCAACAGACUUAGAAAUAACGACUUCAGCAAACAUGCAGACGACAUCGAACCCCAUUACGCUGGACGAGGCCAUUCAGAAAGUUGGAGACAUUGUCAAACAGGGGACUCUUCAGGGGAUAUUAAGUAACGCUUCUCCGGCGCCUUUAGGUACGUAUGCUGUACAUGUUGAUGGAAAUGGAAAAGCCAGUAAGAUUCCAGUGAUAGAAGCGGGAGAUAUCAAUGGAAAUUUUAGAUCUCAAAAAGGGAUUCGGAAAAGCAUUGGUAAUAUUCAGAAAGGAGGGACGGAAGAGAAAAGCCUUCGAGAUUCUAUUGAAGCGAAACUGAGAGCUUUAAAGUAUCUGACCACUUUCAUUAAAUCAGAUCGACUGAAUCAAAUAUUUAAAGAUACUUUACGAAAGAGUCAUUUAAUGGAUAAAAUGUCAAAGAAAUAUGCAAGCGGUUCUAGAAUGCCUGUAGAGACUGAUACGAAAAAGAAGACCGUGCAUUAUCCGCGAUUGAUCAUUGUGACAAGCAUGGGAACGGGGGAAUCCGAUAAAAAACUUUUAGACCAGUUUGAAGUCGGUUUGACUGUAAAUCAGCAGAAGUCAGUCAUGUAAAACUUGUUUUAAGUUGCAAUGGGUAGAGUAGAUUGCUAUGAUAGAGAGUAGUUGUAGUAAUGUUGUGUAGGGUUGACCGUGGUGACUAUUUUACGCAACGAAUGCUUGUAGUUAGCGCCUAGCUGAUCAGUAUUUGACUAUUAGUAAGAAAUCCGCUAUUUUGUGUAUUACAGGGUAUUAUUAUCGUUGAUUGUCAUUGUUUUCAUACGAUUUGUAGUGUAACAAAUAAAUCAUUACAUCAAUA